GGGAGUACAAGUAGGAGAGAAAUUCUCACACAUUAAGACAGAUGACAACACUAAUGGGGAAGUUUUUGCAGAAGAUAAAGAAAGUAUGCAUGAAGAUGACGUAUAUGAAGAUGAAAAACAAUUAGAAUGUGCGAACGAAAUGAAACGAUUAGUAUUCAUAGAUAAAUUGAUUGACUAUUUUAGUAGAGCAAAAAGAGUUCCUGGUGUG